UCCCAAAACAGCCGUCAAAUUCAUGAUUGUGUUAUUCUUUUAAUUAAUUAAUGUACAAAAGUAGAAUAAAAAAUACUUACUAAUUUAACUAUUUAAAUUGCAAAUUUUUAUCAUGAGUAACAGUAAUAAAUCACUUCGUAUUGAUUGGUUUGAUGGAACAGUGAUAGAAGAAAAUAGACCGAGUGCUUCAAGAUACGAAGAUGAAGAAGCCGAUGUUCCAGCACCUCAACCGCAGAAACGGCAUGAAAUUGAAAGAAAACCUAUUGGCUUUAAACGUCUAUUAGAUAUUUCAUUCAUGAAACCUCCUAGUUUAAAUUUAGAACUAUCCAAUCGUCCAGGCUUUUGGCUCCUUUUUGAGACUGAGUUAAAAGGUGAUUUUAUAGUACUAAUUUUAAGAAUAUUAGCCGCAUUAUACAGAUCAUUAGAAUGCGGUGAUAAAUCAAAAAUCAAUACUUUGUUAAAAACAAAGUUUCUACAAUCCAAUUUCUUAAUUCAACUUAAAGAAUACCUUGAUGGGCUCCCUAGAGUAAGGAUAAACGAAAAAAGAAUGAAUAUGCAGUUUUGGGAUGAUGUGGAACUAGUUUACAACAAUGUGUGUGACCUGUGUGAAGGUCUGUAUAACCAAGAAGGCGAAAACAAUGAGUUCUUACAAGAAAUAUAUGAUUUAUUACAAAUAGCUGAAGAAAGUGCUAUUGGUGUGCAAGAAGAACACAGUGAGAGAAUAAAUGAAAUUUUGUAUACCAAAUUACAAAAAUUAAAAGAUCUUAUAGUUCAGUCAAUUUCUAAGAAUGAAUAUAUUGAUACUUAUGUGCCACCACCUAAGAUUAUAAGCAAAGAUGAUUAUAGAAACUUAUCCAUAUUUCCCACUAAGGAGGAUUUACUCAAUGAAUCAUUGUAUCAAAUACAACCAAAUAUUAUAAACAGUGCCUAUACUAGUGUAGAACACUAUUUGGACAUACAAUUUAAAUUGCUGAGAGAAGAUUGCUUUGGUCCAUUGCGAGAAGGAAUAUGUAAAUACUUACAAAACCCAACAAAGAGAAGGCAUGAACAUAUAAGGGUAUAUCCCAAAAUUCGGAUAAUUCAAACUUACAUAAGCAAUAACAAAGUAGGUUAUUUGGUAGAUAUAGCAUGGGAUGAGCGUUCAAAACACAGCUCUGUGGAUUGCAAGAAUUAUGCCUAUAAUAAACGAUUGAUGUUUGGGUCGCUUCUACUAUUUACAAGUGAUAAUUUUAAAACCAUACUGUGUGCUACAGUUCUGGAUUCAAGUUUGAAUUUGCUGAGUGAGGGUUAUAUUGCCGUCUCAUUCCAAAAUGCUGUACCAAAUAAUAUAUUUUCUGAACAAUUCCUCAUGGUCGAGAGUGAAGUGUUUUUCGAACCAUACCAUAGAGUACUUAAAGUGCUGCAAAAUUCUACCGCAGACUUGCCCAUGAAGAAAUAUAUUGUUGAUGUUCAGCCACAAACAAGUGCACCAACCUAUAUAAAUUCCGAUACAGUAUACAACAUUCAAAAUGAAAAAGGUGAUGACCUGUAUGUCCCUGUUUUAGAUCAAUCUCAGUGGCCUAGUCCAGAGUCAUUAAGUCUUGACCAAUCUCAAAUGGAUGCAUAUAAUUUCGCUCUUACAAGAGAAUUUGCUGUAAUACAAGGUCCUCCAGGAACAGGAAAAACAUAUCUUGGAGUUAAAAUUGCUUCAACUCUUCUGAAGAAUUUAUCACUUGAAGGCACCCCUAUGUUGAUCAUUUGCUAUACCAAUCAUGCACUAGAUCAGUUUUUAGAAGGAAUAUUAAAUAUAACCAACAAUAUUAUUAGAUUAGGAAGCCAAAGUAAGAGCAAAAUUUUGGAACCAUAUACCCUCAAUAAUGUAAGAGCGAAAAAUAAAUCAAGAUUUUCCUAUUUAUAUGCUAGUAAAAGGUCAGAAUUAGAAAAGGUGUUCAAUGAAAUGACUGAAUUGCAAAGUGAUAUUGAAAAAUGUGGGACUGAUCUGCUUUCUUAUAGAACUAUUAAACCUUAUUUGAAAGAAAUUAAUUAUUCUUUUGAAUUAAAAAACUGUGAUGAAGAUAGUGUCUUGGAUUGGUUAUUAGGGCAUUUAGAUAAAAAAGAAACUAUAGAAAUUGAUGAUUGGGAAAAACAGAUGGAUGAAAUCAGUGUAACAGAUAAAAUAGAAUCAUGUUUUUCGGAAAAAUGGGCGCUCAAAGAAAUAGACUCUAUGAACAACAGCAUAAAGUUCAUGCAAAAUAUCACAGAUGAACAAAUCAAUAGGCAGAACAUGAUAAAUAAAUUCGAGUAUCAAAUAGAGAAAGUUAAAAAGAGGCUCGAUUAUUUUAAGAAAAGUAUGACAGCUCAAACAUCUGGAACACACAAAUUAUUAAAUUUAGAUGAUAUAAAAGAUUUAUACAAUUUGUCAUCAGAAGAGCGAUGGAAUGUAUAUUUCCAAGCAGUAGAGAAUGUCAAGAAGCAGUUAAUGAUCAAAAUGAAUGAAUUAUUGAACAAACACAACGCUCUAAGCUCAGAAUUGGAGGAGGUAUCAACAUUAAUUGAUAGUGAUGUAAUGAAAACAGCGCGAGUGGUGGGCGUCACUACAACUGUGGCCGCGAGACGACAUGAUCUUAUAAGGAAGCUAUUAUCUUCUAUUGUUAUAGUUGAAGAAGCGGCAGAAGUAUUGGAAGCACACAUAGUUGCGUCGCUAACAAACAAAUGCCAACACCUAAUACUAAUUGGUGACCACAAACAAUUACGUCCAUCGGCCGCUCACUACAAACUGGCUAAACAUUACAAUCUAGAAAUAUCUCUCUUCGAACGUAUGAUUCGGAACGGUAUUCACGCUAAAACCUUAACAAUACAGCGGCGAAUGCGACCAAACUUUGUGGAACUUUUGGUACCAACAAUAUAUGAGAAGUUAGAUUGUCACCCUAUUGUGUUCAACUAUCCAAAAGUCAGGGGAAUGAAGGACACCCUAUACUUUUACAACCAUGACGUGUUUGAAGAUUCGGAGGGUUUAGAAGACAGUUGGAGCCACAAAAAUACGUUCGAAGCAAAAUGGUGCUUGAAUCUCGCAAAUUACUUGUUACAAAUGGAAUAUAAAUCUAACGAAGUGACAAUAUUGGCCACAUAUACUGGCCAAGCUGCACUGAUAAAAGAGUUAACAAAAAAAUUUCCCUUGCUUCGAGAUAUAAAAAUAACUGUAGUCGACAACUUUCAAGGCGAAGAGAGCAAGAUAGUUAUAUUGUCUCUGGUGAGGAGUAACAUAGACGGCAACAUUGGCUUUUUAGCAGCUGCUAACAGAAUUUGUGUUGCCCUAUCCAGAGCUAAAGAAGGUUUUUAUAUAUUUGGUAACAUGAAAGGACUGAAGUCAGCUAGUACUAUAUGGAGAUCUAUUGAUGAAAAAUUAUCAGCUCAAAAUGCUAUAGGACGGACAAUCGAAUUAUACUGUGAGAAACAUGCUCAAAAUCUCGGUGUUGAAAAGUAUGAAGAUCUCAACAAUUGCCGUAAAGGAUCGUGUCUCAAGAAUUGUUUAAUAUAAAAUAUGUAGUUAA